AUGUAUUCAAUUUAUGAUUUUAAAUACCCAAGCGAUUGGAUUGAACCAACAGCAGAUGAUAAAUGUAUUUAUGAUUGUUAUAAAGAAGUUAUCAAUUAUAAAUUAUUAGACGAAAAUAAACAAACUUUUCAAUAUUAUUAUGGAACACUUUCAAGUACCAUAAACUUCUAUCCAUUAUGUAAUUAUGAACAACUUGUAAUUGCAUGUAGAUUUCUUACAGUUGGAUAUCUUAUUGAUGACUUUUUGGAAAGUAAUUUAGUUGAUUCAGAAACUUCAAAUUUAAUGUCAAAAAAGAUUGAAAAUAUUUUAAUUGAUGGUGAAUAUCUUGACCAAUCUAAUAUUUCAAAUAUUGAAAAAUAUACAAUGUUUUUUAGAGGUAAAGCAAGACAAUUUGUUGGUGAUAAAAUUAACAUUUUUAAUCAAUUUAUUAAAUUUUUUGUUGAAUGGAUAAAUUCAAUUAAUCCAUUUAAUAAGGCAAUUAAUUUAAAUAAUUAUGAUAGUUAUAAUUUUUUUAAAAAGGUUAAUUCUGGAACAUAUGUAACUCUUUCAAUGGCUAUGCUUUUAAAUCCAAAUACAAAAGUUGAUACUAAUAUUUGGAUGAAUCCAAGAUUUGAAAGAUUUGUUUGUAAUGGUGCGUAUCAAAUGUCAGCAUUUAAUGAUUGUGCAUCUUAUGCAAAAGAAGUUAGAAGUAAUUGUCAUUUAACAAAUCCAUUAUAUUUUUUACAAAAAGAAAUUGGUUCAUUUGAUCAAGUUUAUAAAUUAAUUUUAAAUUUUAAUAACAAAAUUGUUAAUGAAAUUUGUAAAGAUGAAGAAUUACUUUUAAAAGAGUGUCCAGAUGAUCAGAAAGAUGAUUUAAAAUAUUUAACAAGAUCAAUGAAAUUAAUAUUGGGUGGUAAUUAUUCUUGGUCAUUGAAAUGUACUAGAUUUAAUGAUAUUGAUUCACCAUUUAUUGAACAAAGAUCAAUUAAUCCUGAUGUAAUUGCUUAUGAAAAUAUUGUUGAUAAAAUUAUUAAAUUAUAA